CCGCAGUCGGCGCGCGAUCGCGGAUCCGGGCGCAGUCGGGAGCCGGGCGCCAGCGAGCACCGGGCCGAGGAGCAGCCACCGGCCCCCGCCUCCGGGCCGGCCCGAGCGCGCCCGGCCGGCCGCCGGCUCCCCGUGCGGCGGCUCCCCCACUCUCUGCCUCCGUCCCCCGCCCGUUUUAAUACUUGCCCGCCGCCGCCGCCGAGUCCGCGGACAUGUCCUUCCCGCAGCUGGGCUACCCGCAGUACCUGAGCGCCGCGGGGCCCGGCGCCUACGGCGGCGAGCGCCCGGGAGUGCUGGCGGCGGCCGCCGCCGCCGCCGCCGCCUCGUCGGGCCGGCCCGGGGCCGCGGAGCUGGGCGCGGGCGCGGGCGCGGCCGCCGUCACCUCGGUGCUGGGCAUGUACGCGGCGGCCGGGCCGUACGCGGGCGCGCCCAACUACAGCGCCUUCCUGCCCUACGCCGCCGACCUCAGCCUCUUCUCGCAGAUGGGUUCUCAGUAUGAACUCAAGGACAACCCGGGAGUGCACCCCGCCACCUUCGCAGCCCACACGGCCCCAGCGUAUUACCCCUACGGCCAGUUCCAGUACGGGGAUCCCGGGCGGCCCAAGAACGCCACGCGGGAGAGCACCAGCACGCUCAAGGCCUGGCUCAACGAGCACCGCAAGAACCCCUACCCCACCAAGGGCGAGAAGAUCAUGCUGGCCAUCAUCACCAAGAUGACCCUCACGCAGGUCUCCACCUGGUUCGCCAACGCGCGCCGGCGCCUCAAGAAGGAGAACAAGGUGACGUGGGGCGCGCGCAGCAAGGACCAGGAGGACGGCGCUCUCUUCGGAAGCGACACCGAGGGGGACCAAGAGAAGGCCGAGGACGACGAGGAGAUAGACCUGGAGAGCAUCGACAUCGACAAGAUCGACGAGCACGACGGCGACCAGAGCAACGAGGACGAUGAGGACAAGGCCGAGGAGCCUCACGCGCCGUCCGCGCCCACCGCCCUGGCCCGGGAACCGGGCUCGCCGCUGGCGGCCGCCGAUGCGCUCAAGAACCAAGACUCGCCCCUGGGCCUGUCCAAGGAGGUCCCGGAGCCCGGCAGCACGCGCCUGCUGAGCCCCGGCGCCACAGCGGGCAGCCUGCAGGGCGCUCCGCACAGCAAGCCCAAGAUCUGGUCGCUAGCGGAGACGGCCACCAGCCCCGACGGCGCCCCCAAGGCCUCGCCGCCGCCGCCCCCGGGCCAUCCAGGCGCGCACGGCCCCCCCACGGGAGCGCCGCUGCAGCACCCCGCCUUCCUGCCCAGCCACGGACUGUACACCUGCCACAUCGGCAAGUUCUCCAACUGGACCAACGGCGCGUUCCUCGCGCAGGGCUCGCUGCUCAACGUGCGCUCCUUCCUGGGCGUCGGGGCGCCCCACGGCCCGCAUCUGUCCGCGCCGCCACCGCAGCCGGCCAUCACCGUCACCGCGGGGGUGCUCCACGGCGACAAGGCCUCAGCCCGCAGCAGCCCCUCGCUCCCAGAGAGAGACCUCGUCCCCAGGCCCGACUCGCCGGCCCAGCAGUUAAAGUCGCCCUUCCAGCCCGUACGGGACAACUCGCUGGCCCCGCAGGAGGGAACGCCGCGGAUCCUAGCAGGCCUCCCGUCAGCCUGAUUCAGGGUCUUCUUUUACUUUUGCGGGGGGAGGGGGGAGAAGUUCAGGAGGGAGGGGGGUGGGAGGAAUUAAGACAAAUACUUCAGACUGGCGUAAAGGGCAAAUCUGGCGACGAAGUCAAGGACCCCCAUCCAUCGCUUUCUGCAGAAAGGGGCUCCUCCGGCCCGAGCCCGCGUCCAGGCAGUCUGGCCUCUGCCCGCGCACGGCUCGGGUGGCUGUCACUGUGCUCUGGGUGAUUAUCGGUUCCAAAAUGCCCCCAUGUGCUUGUGUCUUUUUUUUCUGUAUAUAGAGUGAUUUCAGAUUGUAAAUAGCGCGUCAGCAAACUUGUCUAAAUCAUAUAUUUUUGUCUAAUAAACUAAAUGACAUGAUG